UUUGAGCAUAUUUAGAUCUGAUGUUUAAAGAUUCUGCUUGGAGAAGAAUUGCACCAUGUUUCAUUACCUCUUUCUCCUCUGUUGUGUCUCUUUUGUUGGUGGGAUGGAAAGUGGCAUUAUAGGUGGAAAAGAGGCUAAACCUCAUUCCAGACCAUACAUGGCCUCUCUUCAGCGUAAUGGACAUCACACUUGUGGAGGGAUGCUGAUCAGAGAGGAUUUUGUAUUAACUUCAGCCCACUGUUUAAAUCGCAGUGAAUAUUCUGGUCGGAACCACUUGGAGGUCGUUCUGGGAGCCCACAAUUUAAAUCAGAAAGAAAAAAGCCAACAAAGGAUCCAAGUUAAACAAUACAUCCGUCAUCCAUUGUUUGAAAAACAGAAAAACAAGGAAGACUUCACCUAUGAUAUUAUGCUAUUAAAACUGAAGACCAAAGCCAAGCUAAAUAAAUUUGUGAAAGUAAUUCCUCUACCAAAGAAAAAUGGAAAAACACCAGCCCUUGUGAAAUGCUCCAUUGCUGGUUGGGGCAUGAAGAACAAAAAAGAAAUAAAGCCAUCAAGUGUGCUGCACGAAGUCUCUCUCAAACUGCAGUUCAGCUGUAAAUGUCAAAGCAAGUGGCAGAAGUGGUUCAAUUCUGAAAGAAAUAUCUGUACUGUCCCAGAUGGGAUAAAAGCUUUCUGUCAGGGUGACUCUGGCAGUCCUCUUGUUUGUGAAUCUGAACUUCUAGGAAUCGCUGCAUACACGUAUCCAAAUGACUGCACAAACAAGGAUUACCCUGAGGUCUUUGUUAAAAUACCAGCCUUCCUUGCUUGGAUUAAAAAAAAGAUGAAGUGAUAAAACAGACUCUUAUGUAAAAUACAUUUAUGCAGCAAAAUAAUGCAUCAUGACAUGUGUGUUAUGUAUUUCAUAUUACAUAGCUCUAAUGUUAUGCUUGUAUUUUUUUGUAUCGUUUUUCAACCCAGUAAACAUCUGAUAUCACACAUUGAAAUGCUUGGCACAGUCACAUAUUUGUGUCCGUAUGAAUAGGCAGUUCAGAGACUGUCAUUAAUGACAAAUAUAUGCUUCAAUUAUUAAAUGGCAUCAACUUCCUGUGACUGAUUGCAAAUAAAACACUGUGUACUCUGA